ACCUGCUCCUCCAUACUCCGUUAUUCUAACGUAACCAUCUUUCUUUCUUCCACAACAAAGAUGGCCUCUUCUCCUGACAUUCUACGCUUCCAACUUCCUGGCCACGAGGAAGCCGCGCUGCGAAGUAUGAACCAGCUGCGUUCGGAGGAACGUUUUUGCGACGUGACCGUUCUAUCUGACGGACUGAAGUUCAGGGGCCACCGCGUGGUUUUGGCCGCGUGUUCUCCUUUCCUCAGAGAUCAGUUUUUAUUAAACCCCGGCUCCGAGUUACAGGUAUCCAUGAUGCAUGGACCCAGGGUGGUCUCGGACCUUCUCCUUUCCUGUUACACAGGUCUCCUAGAGUUCUCGGUGAGGGACAUCGUGAAUUAUUUGACGGCCGCCAGCUACCUCCAGAUGGAGCACGUGGUGGAGAAAUGCCGUCAGGCUCUCACGCAGUUCAUUGAGCCAAAAAUUGGGUUGAGGGGUCCUAACAAAGUCAUGUCCUCUCGCGCACCAACCACGACGAUGCGUCCGAUGCAUCCCUUCGAGAAAAGUAGGCCUCGCAAGGCUGAGGCCAGACCGGCAAUGGAGAGCGAGGAAGAGAUGUUGUUGAUGCCUGAAGAGGAUGAAUGUGAAGACGAAGAGGAAGAAGAAGGGUCAUCUUCGGACAUCUGUAUCGUGAAAGUGGAGGCCGGCAUGGGAGGAGGGAAGGGAGCUCGAUCUUGGGGAAAGGCAGCAGAGGAGCAGAGUUCUUUGGCACAACAAGAAGAGGCUUUAGUUAAUUCCACCGUGGAAGGAGGAGAACCUGGUGAUGGGAAUGGCCAACAGAGUGGAAUUUUGAAGGCCAUAUACAGCGAUGAGGUGGAAGGAGGAGAGGGAGUGCUGAUUAUCCCCAGCAGCUAUCACGAGGAAGAAGAAGAGGUCCUAGAUGGAGGAACCGGCGGCUGCCAAAGCAGCGUCCUGGUAGAUGGAGGCUCAAGGAGCGCCCUCGGUGGAUUAGGAGGCACGUCGUGUUCGGUGAUCAUCGGGGACGCCAGGUUUGGCAACAGACAAUCGGUUAGGUGCUGUAAGUGCGAUGAGGUUUUCCAAGGGGUGGAGAAGCUGGUUUUCCACAUGCGGGCGCAGCACUUCGUCUUCAUGUGUCCGCGCUGCGGCAAACAGUUCAACCACAGCAGCAACCUCAACCGCCACAUGAACGUGCAUCGGGGAGUGAAGUCCCACACGUGCCACUUGUGCGGGAAAUGUUUCACGCAGAAGUCCACGCUCCACGACCAUCUCAACCUGCACAGCGGCGAAAGGCCGUAUCGGUGUUCCUACUGCGACGUGAGGUUCGCCCACAAGCCGGCCAUACGCCGCCACCUGAAAGAGCAGCACGGGAAGACCACGGCGCAGAACGUCUUAGAGGCCGGCAUGGCCGAGAUCAACGUGGUGGUGGGGUGAUGGAUAGAUCGAAUAGUACGGACUAUGCGGACCUUUAUAAAGACUUUAGGGGGCGAUGAGCUUGCCCGACGUCCUGAUCUCGUUUCACAGGUUCUUAAACGUACCUCUUCCGCGGGUACGUCGCCCUUAGACCGACCCCUACUUAAAAUUACCGUUUUCGCCUUUAAGCCAAUAGACUUUAGAGCUUUUUUUUUAAUUUCCUCCGUCUCCACUAUUUUAACGUUACAGCCUCCAUGCCAUCCGACUGUGUUAUUCUUUCAUAAUUGUGCUAUGAAUUAUAGUUUUAUUACAUUUUG